CUCAAGAGAUCAUUCUUAACAAUGCCACAGGAGUUGGAAGUACUUUUGAUUCCAGCAUGUAACACAAGGAAUGCCCACUUUUUUCAGAUAUAAAUUAGUCUAAAACAUGAACGUCUAUUAUCACAAGUGAAUUAAAGAAAGGCUGACCAACAUGCAUAGUGCUAUGAUGGACGAAAGCAUGAUGGGUAUGCUCGGGGGCGAAAGAUUUCUUGAGAAGAUGAAACAAGGUGAAGAGCAAUUCAAGAAAUUGGGGGGUCAGCAACUUGAUAAAGCUGUUACAACAAAGCUCCCAGAACUCUACAGAGCUGCAAUGGAAGGAAAUUGGAAAGAAGCUCGUUGCCAAUUUCGUUCCAAUCAAAAUGCAGAGACAGCAAAAAUCUCCAACCUUGGCAUGACAGCCCUUCAUGUGGCAGCUAGCUGUGGCCAGUCAGUGUUUGUGCAGAAGCUUGUGGGAGAGUUAGAUGAGGAGCAGCUUGAAGCCGGAGACCAACUUGGCCGAACUGCUCUUCAUCACGUGGCCUUAGCUGCAGAUGUGGACGCUGCCAAAGCAAUGGUGAACAAGAACCCAAUUUUGCCUUACCUUGGGGAUGUGAACAAACAUACUGCCCUCUUCUAUGCUGCUAAAUGGCGGAAACCGUCAGAAAGCAAGAAAAUGGUGGAAUAUCUCUACGGAGUUAGUCGGGAAGAAAAUUUGCCUCGUGACCUUCAGAGAAGAGAUGUUUGCAAUGCCUUCACAGAUGAUUCAGCUCCCGAUCUCAUUGUGGCAAUCACUGCUUCGGGGUCAUAUGAUGCUGCUUUGCGUAUCCUUGAGAGAUAUCCGGAGUUAGCUCUUAAAAAAAAUGACAAAGGAACGUCCAUACUUCAUGUACUUGCAAUGAAGCCUAAAGCAUUCCGGAGAGGAAAUGAACUUUCUCCAUUGAGAUCUGGAUCUAUGAUUUGGUACCAGUUGACGACCAGGAUUCAACAAAUCGAUGCUCAGCAGCUUCAUUCACUGAAUAUAUGGGCAUGUUCAUUAAAGGUUUGGAAAUUUUGUGUCUACUUUAUCUCCGUUUAUUAA